AUGGCUCGUAGGACUCGCAGUCCCCGACCGCCCGGCGGUUGCAUCGGCGGAUCUCCUUCCCGCGCCGUGGCUGUCGUAGUGGCGGCGCUUAUAGUCGUCGCCGGCAGUCUACCGUCCGCCUCUCCCUCGGCCGCGUCGACAGAGCCUGCGUCAGCGCGCCCCAGCGCCGGUCGACCGCUCUCCUCGCUGCGCAACUUCCUCGCCUACCACCGCGGAGAGCGCGUGCUGGCAUCGCAGCAGUGCGGCGUGUGCUGCAGCGCGCGGCCUGCGCGGGUGCCGGCGGGCAUGCCGGCGAUGCUGUCGUCGUGGUACCUGCAGAAGUGGCUCACCGGUCAACGGGUGCAAGUGAGGGCGUCGUCGUUCGGCACGUGGUGGCGGCCAGACGGCGGGGGCAAGGCGGGCAGCUACAUCAGCAGCCGCGGGGCCCUGCAGCCCAGCGCAAGGGAGUUCUUCACCGUGCUCGUCGUGGGGGCCAACCGCAUAAAGCUGGUGACGCGCGUGGGCACGUACCUGGCAGCGUCAGGCAGCACGCCUCCGGGGUACAGCAGCCGCCCGCUCGUCACGACAAGCAAGGCCAACAGCCCCGCCACGGUGUUCCAGGUGUCGCGCGUGGGCCGCUUCCACUACCUCUACUCGCCCUCCUCCCAGUCCUACGUGCGCACUCGCGCCAACGGCCAGGUGACGGUGGGGGGCACGGCGCGCACCAACUUUGGGCGCAUGGAGGUGGUGGAGGUGAAGAGCGUGGCUGCGGUGCGCGGACCCAACCUGGGCAGCUGGCUCGUCUACGAGAACUGGAUGGACCCCUACGCCUUCCCCCGCUACUCCAACAUCCUCGACGGCACCAAGAUCACGCUGUUCAACUACAAGUAUCUCAAGUACAUCACUGCACCGCAAGGAGGAGGUGGAUGGCUGCGCUGUGAUGCGGACUUCGCAGGCGACUACGAGACGUUCAUCGUGCAGACCCAGGCGCCCAACCAGGACGCCUACCAUCUGCUGGCGGAGGAGCGUCUGUUCUGGCGCCUGCCAGCGCGUGCCACCAUUCCCUACGCCGACGCCUUCUCAACCAGUGCGCUGACGCGGUUUACAUUCAAGCGCAGUCGCAAGGACCGCACGAUGGUGGCAAUCCUGGCGCCCAACGGGCAGUACCUGCAGGUGCAGGCGGACGGCGCACUCAUUGCCAACUUCCCCCCCGCCAACGUCAGCCUCAACGACCCCGCCUUCCUCAAGGGCCCCGCCGCCUUCCAGUUCACUCCGAAGAAGGAGCUCAAGUACGACUGGCAGCUGGCGUACCAGUGGGGCGGGCAGGCGGCCAUGCGCGUGAACAGCAUGCGCGCGAGCUUCAUCACGGAGCCCGACUGGCGCUACAUGGCCCGCCAGGGCGUCAACGCCGUGCGCAUCCCCAUCGCCUACUACAUGGCGCAGGAGCCCAGCCCCGACUGGCCUUUUGUGUGGGGCAGCUACAACUACAUCGACUGGGCGUUCAGGAUGGCUGCUAAGUACAACAUCCGCAUCUGGUUCUCCAUGCACAUGGUGGCCGGCUCGCAGUCGGGCACGUUUGGGUCGCGCCUGGGGUAUGUGGACUUCACACGCCCCAUCAACGUGGCCAAGACGCUGCAGGCCAUUCGGUGGCUGGGGCGGCGGUACGGGCGCAACCCCAUGUGGCUGGGCAUUGGACUCAUGAACGAGCCCAGCCUCAGCAUUCCCCUCGACCUGCUCCAGAGCUACUACGUGAAUGCAACGGCCAUCCUGCGGCGGUGGAACCCGUGUGUGUUCAUUGCCAUGGAGGGGCGCACGGGCCCUGACGAGGUGCAGGCGCUCAUGGCGAGCGAGCCCAAUGUCAUCCUGGAGACGCACAUCUACGACGUGUUCAACCCCGAUGGGUACACCAGCGCACAGCAGGAGAUCUACGAGAUGCAGACGUCCCGGAAGGACAGAAUCGCGGAGCACCAGCAGUACGGGCGCAUGUUGCUGGUGGGCGAGUUCUCCAACGCCAUGGGGUUCAGCCCCGUUACGCCCGACGAGCAGGCCGCCUUCUCCCUCGCCCAGAUGCAGACGCUCGCCACCGCCAAGGCCGGCUGGUUCUUCUGGUCCUACAAGAUCAACAAGCCCAACACGAGGCACUGGGACUUCUACCAGAGUCGCACGGCAGGGUGGCUGCCCAAGAGGCCCAACGGCCACUGGUAUUGA